AAAGAAAGAAAGAAAAAAAGGAAAAGAAUAAAUCACCUGAGUGUAUGCGCGCGUACAUGUGUGUUUGCCCGCAUGCGGGCUGCGUCCUCGGCGAGCGCACACAAAUCUGUGGCGUCUGUGCGUGUGUGUCCGCGCGAGUGUACGCGCGCAUGAGUAGAAAGCUAGCGCGCGCAUCUGCCUUCUUGUGUGCCUGUUUGUGUGUUUUGCGGAUGUGGGAGUAGAGCGAGGAGGGGGGUUGGUGGCUGUUGAUGUGCAAAUGUGCAUCAUGUUGAAGGGCUGUGAAUGGGGAGGUGUGACGUAAAAAGGGACCCGAACGCAGGUGCUUAUCUUGAGGCUGUCAAAGGCACAGUAUGUCAUAUUCCUGGGGACUACCUUUCAAAGCCACAGCACCAGCUCAGCUAUCAAGAGACUGGGAGAAAAUCAAACUUUUUGGAUCACAGCACUAGAUAAUGAAUUACAUGAUCACUUCCUGAGAGAAAACAAGUGUGAAAGCGUCAACCAGGGUGAACAGUGUGGAUCUGGCAUCUUGUCCUACGGAGCGCUCGGAAAACUGCAAUCAGAGAUGGACUCUGAAGGUGAGGAGCAAACCUUGAAAACGUGCAACAGCAGCACAGGACUGGCCGACUGCAUCGCCGAGACUCACAGCCCAUAUGGGUCUGUGGCGAGGAAGAGGAGCGCUCAGGAAGGGGUGCAGGGUGCCCCCGUCAACAAGAGAAAGUCCCUGCUGAUGAAGCCCCGCCACUACAGCCCCAGCGAGGCAUGUGAAGAGGAGAGCGAGGACCUGGCACCGCCACAGGACAAAGAAGAGCUGAGGAACAUUGACACUCCAGCAGAUGGAAACUUAAGUGCGGUCAAUGGGGUGGCUAACAAACAUGGCUACCACGAUGUGGCAGCCAAGUCGCUCGGAUGGUGCGAAGUUACAUCUAACGGCUCCCCUCAGUGCGAGCCGGACGCAUCCGGACCUCUGCUGGAUGAAGAUGACGAGGAGCUCCUCAAUAAUGACGAAGAAGACAGGGUGAGCGGCGCGUCGUCGCCGCAGAGUCCAUACGGAGACAUGAGGGAAGCUGAGUGGGAGCCCCUGUCUCUGUCCGCCAAGGUGAACAGCUCAAACUGCAGCCCCUCCGCGGCCUCCGAAGACCUUUCGGGCAGGAACGGCCACGUGAAAGAAGAGCCCCAGUCAGAGUUGGGCGGCCCCAUGGGUAGAGCGAGCAUCUUUCAGGCCGAAGCUUUAAGGUACAGGCUGCACCCCGCGGAGGAGGACAGCGAGGGCGAGGCGGAGGCCGAGAGGCCGCCCCGGCUAGACGGCUGGGCCCUGGGCCUCCACGAGAGGGGCCUCGAGAUGAGCCGGGGGAGGGUGAACCUGAGCCUGCUGGAGCAGGCCAUAGCCCUGCAGACGGAGCAAAGGCAGGUCCUGCACCACGCGUACAGAGAGAUGGACCGGUUCCUCAUAGAGCAGAUGACCAACGAGAGAAGGCACCACAGGAUGAUGGAAAUGGACGGCCGACUCAACUACCACGGAGGAAAAGAUUCUCCGCGGACGGACAAAAAGGACAUAAAGUGUCCAACUCCUGGUUGCGACGGCACCGGUCACGUGACCGGCCUGUACCCACACCACAGGAGUUUGUCUGGGUGUCCCCACAAAGUCCGAGUUCCCCCCGAGAUCCUGGCCAUGCACGAGAACGUCCUCAAGUGCCCUACGCCCGGGUGCACAGGAAGAGGCCAUGUCAACAGCAACCGUAGCACCCACCGGAGUCUCUCCGGCUGCCCCAUCGCAGCUGCAGUGAAAGUCUCCAAACCUCAGGACGAGAGCCUGAAAUGCAGACAAACACCUGACCGCUCACCCAGAGCCAUCGGCUUAAUAAAGAAGUUUGAGAUGAACCAGUUAAACUACAGGCUCUCUCAUCCGGUAGCAGCCCUGCAAACUAGCCUCACAAAAGACAUGGACAAGUACAGCAGAAUCCGCUUUGAUUACGCCAGCUUUGAUGCACAAGUCUUCGGCAAACAGCCUCUGAUGGGGACCAACCAGGACCAGGAAAUGCCCCAUUACCCCGACUCACCUCAGCAGUAUCCUGGCUUCCUCGGGGCUCCAGGUGGCCGCUUGCCCACCUCUGGUCAGCACAGCCCACCGAGUCAAUUCAAAAAAGAAGAUGGCCUCCAAGCGGCGGCAGCGACGGCCGCCAUCCUUAACCUCUCCACUCGCUACCGGAAGAACAUGGAGGCUGUCUCUGGCCGGCCCUUGGCAACCUCCACAAAGGACAUGCUCAUUGAGGUGGAUGAGAAUGGCACCCUGGACCUGAGUAUGAAGAAGUGCAAGGAAACUGUAAAAGCCAACACACCUCCACAAGACCCGCUGUCUCCGUCCCCUGAGUCCACCAUGGCCAAAGGCGGGAGCGUGCUCAUCAGCCCCGCCUUCUACCAGCCGCUGUGUGAAAGAGACAGCUGGGAGAGCCCCAUCCCCGUCAACUUCAGCAAAGCACACGUUCUCCAGGACAAUGAGCAGGAGGAUUACGAUCAGGUCUCCUUGGAGGACCAGCACUAUCAAGGAGACGGCAGUAUGUUAAGCCCCAAAGCCAAGCUGCUAUUACGAGAUUCAAAGAAGGAGCUUUUGAGCUGUCCGACCCCAGGCUGUGACGGCAGCGGCCAUGUGACGGGGAAUUAUGCAUCGCAUCGGAGUGUGUCUGGAUGUCCCCUGGCUGACAAAACACUCAAAUCACUGAUGGCAGCCAACUCUCAGGAACUAAAGUGCCCAACACCUGGUUGUGAUGGAUCUGGACAUGUGACUGGGAACUAUGCUUCGCACAGAAGCUUGUCUGGGUGUCCACGUGCCAGAAAAGGAGGCCUGAAGCUCACACCAAAUAAGGAUGACAAAGAUGAACAAGAGCUCAAGUGUCCAGUGAUUGGAUGUGACGGACAGGGCCAUAUAUCGGGGAAGUACACGUCCCACCGCAGCGCAGGCAGUUGUCCACUCGCUGCCAAAAGACAGAAGGAGUCGUCCAUCAAUGGGCUGCCCUUUGCCUGGAAGGCCAAUAAACAGGAACUGCCCCAUUGUCCCCUUCCUGGCUGCAACGGCCUUGGACAUGCCAAUAAUGUGUUUGCCACUCACAGAAGCUUGUCAGGUUGCCCACUGAACGCACAGAGCAUCAAGAAAAAGCACUCAGAAGAAGAGAUGAUGACUAUCAAACUGAAAGCCAGCAGCGGUGUCGAAAACAAGGACGACAUUCAGCAUUUGGAUCAUGAAAUAAACGAGCUGAAUGAGUCCAACAUGAAAAUAGAAGCAGACAUGAUGCAGCUCCAAACCCAGCAGAUCUCGUCUAUGGAAUGUAACCUGAAGACAAUUGAAGAGGAAAACAAGAUGAUCGAACAGCACAACGACAGCCUCCUGAAGGAGCUCGCCCGCCUUAGCCAAGCUCUCAUUAGCAGUCUAACAGACAUUCAGCUGCCUCAAAUGGGACCCAUCAGUGAGCAUAAUUUUGAAGCCUAUGUGAACACAUUAACUGAUAUGUACAACAACUCGGAGCAUGAAUACUCUCCAGAGUGCAAGGCCCUCUUGGAUAAUAUCAAACAGGCUAUUAAGGGCAUCCAUGUUUAAGCUGUAGAGCUACCAAGAGGUUUCUUUGACUUGGGAUAAUGGCACUAGAUAGCUCUAUUUUACUGAAGAGUGCUGGCUUGGCUGCAUGUAUAAGACAAGGCUUUUGGAAAUGUGUUUGGCAUUUCCCGGUAAAUACACUGCACUGAGAAAAUUACCAGCCGGAUUUGUAAUGCUUUUACCGUUUCUGCAUUCACUUGAUAUGUUUAUCCUGGUGAGAUUUUUUUUUUUUUAUUUUUUAUUUUUUUUUUAACCCCCCCGCCCCUUCUUGCACUUAAUUAUUUUGUAUGGUUUGCUUGAUUUUAAUCCGUACGUGUUCAUGUCAUCCUUAUAUUAUGGCUAUUUAUUAUUAUAUUUGUUCAUCAGUGUAUUUAUUUCUUCGAUUUUUAUUUAUUUCUGGAACUGUAAAUGCUUAAUAUUUGAGAAAUCUGUUUGACUUUCUGCACAUUGUAAAUUACAUAGAAGCACAUUCCAAUUUUAUGGCAUACUUUCGCCAUCUAGUGUUGAAAAACUUUAUUAUUAUUAUUAUUAUCAUUAUUAUUAUUAUGAUUAUUAUUAUUAUUAUUAUUAUUAGACCAUACGUUGGAUCUCCCGUCAAAGUGAAAACCUACCAAAACUACUAAGCAUCAAUAUUUUUAAGCAUUGCUUUUGCUUUUGUUAUUGGAAACUGAAUGUAUGGUGAAGACAAAGUGAACACUGAGAUGGGAAGACAAAAAACAAAACAAAACAUUGCAAUGCAACUGUACUGUACCUUUUUUCUACUCAACCAAUAACAGCUGAGUGCAAACAGGGGGUGACACCGAGUAAAAGAUGCAACAUCGUUCGGUGAACUGACUGUCCACAUUCAGCUUUGCAUAGCGUGCCACAAGAAGAGUGCAACAAAAAUAAUAAAAAAAAAACUCACUUUGUCAAGAUGUCUUUCUUUUUAAUAAUAAAAAAAAAUAUAGAUAUUAAACUGCCUUCUGUGCACACACUUUGGAGUGUGCAUAUAGUAUGUGCCUAAAUGUAUAUGAAUCCAUAAAAAUAUACAAGUACUAUGUUUUGUGGUAGGACAGUAUUACGUGGAUGGUGUCUAAUUUAUUAUACAGUACAAUUAUUUUCAUAGGAGGAAACGUUCCUGAUGACUGUUUAAAUACCAUCGUCUCAGUAGCUGUAAUCUCAGAGGCAGGUUUUGAAAUAUCAAGACUGAGAUUGAACGCGGUGUUGGUUUUAUUUCUCUUUUUUUGCUGGCAUGGAUAGGAGACAAAGAAAAUAAAAACACCCACUCCUGUUUUAUCUAAAACUGCUUACAGGCCUUAACGUUUCAACCAGUCCUACAGUCGGAAGUAUUCAGACCUGAAUAGUUUCAAAACCGAGCUGAAUACGACUACAACUUCAAUCGUUAAAUGCAAAACUAAAAAAAAAAAAAAUGAAUAAAAACAAAUAAAAAAAAGAGACGAAAAAAAAGAACUGAAAACAUAGACAAAUGAUAGUUGUUGACUAAUCAGUUGUUUUGUUUGCAUCAAUUGCACUUUUUGUAUUUGAAAUUACUUUGUGUUUUUCGUUCAGCGUACUGCCCUUGAGUUCAACGAAAAAGAAGGAGGAGGGAGGCUGUAGUCGCAGACCCGGUACUAUCCAUCUGAAUCUCUCAAUUUUGCAUGAGGUCUAUCCCCAGAAAAAAAAUGAGUAAUUCAUUUGAGCAAUACAUCUUUCAUUUCUGCAAAAAAAAAAAAAAAAAAAAGUCAAAGACAUGUAGCUUGGUCGUUUAAAAAAAAAAAGCAACAGCAAAGGAGCCAAAUUAGAGAAAAUUAAAACCCUAUUUUAGCCAAAUACUUUAAAAUAUGUUUUAAAGAAUUAAAAAGAAAAAAAAAGAAAAAAAAAACUGAAUCACACUCUUUACACCUAACAAUCCUUUAUUUAUAAUUUGUUAUAUUUAAUUCCUUUCCCACACAUUGUUUGCUCAGGAAGUUUUGUGAAUAAUAUUUAUUUUUUUCCCUGUUAGUAUUUGAUGUUUUGUAAUGUGAAAUGCUUUUUUUGUGGAACGAUAUUAGUAUGAUAUGAAAUUGUACUGUAUUUUCUUUUCUUUUACAUUAAAAUGUAAUGCUUUUUUUUCAGUUGAGGUAGUUUGUAAAUUGAAACUUCCUAUUACUUUUACUAUUUCAUAAUAAACAGAUAUGCGCUGUGUUGUACAGUUUGUGUAUGGUAGAAAUAAACUUUUCAAAUGGU